AUGAGCGUCAUAUCUUGGUCCAUCUUGAGCUUGAUUGUGCUGCUUGCAGUUACUGCACGCUAUCGUGUACAGCGUCGCUCCAUCAAGGACAUUCGAGGACCCGCUUCGCCCUCUCGAUUAUUAGGUCACGAAAUGCAGUUUCGCCACGAAGAGGAAAUGGGCGAUGUUCAAUUCCAAUGGCUUCGCCGGUAUGGUGCCACUUGGCGUACGCAAGGAUGCUUUGGAGAGGAUGUGUUGUGGACAGUAGACCCAAAGGCUCUUCAGUAUAUCUUCCAUACAUCUGGAUAUCGGUUCCCGAAGACCAAGGCAAUAGAUCAAUCUGCAAAAAUCUUCACGGGUCGAGGUAUUCUUACGGUUAAAGGUGAUGUUCACCAGCGUCAGAGGAAGAUCUUGAGUCCUGCCUUUUCCGCGGGGCAAUUGCAUACAUUCCUACCGAUAUUCAGACAGUUGGCUUCUCAUCUUAGUCAGAAGUGGAAGGAUGAACUGGAGGCCAGCGUGUCUCACGAAAGUGCUGUCAUCAAUGUCCCUCAAAUGCUGGCCAGAAUGACAUUAGAUGUCAUUGGUGAAGCUGCUUUUGACUAUCAAUUUGGAGCGCUAGACGACCAAAGAAAUGAGCUUGCACGUCUCUUUCAGAAUCUCUUUGUCGAUUCUGUGCUCCAUCCACCUGCAUGGGAUAUAUUGUUUAGGGCUACGUGGCACUACAUUCCUGAUAGUAUCUUGCACUACGUUAGGUAUUUGCCAACGAGAGAAUACAGCCGCUUCAAACAGUUCCUGGACGCCGCUUUCCGCGUUGGACAGGACCUCGUAGACCAGAAAGCGUCCUCCAGUGAAAAGGGUGGUAAGAAUAUUGUGAGCAUCUUGGCUCAAUCCAGUGUUUCCGACGAUGUCAAGAAACGUUUAACCAGCGAUGAGAUGCUUUCCCAAGUAGCGACAUUCCUUUUGGCCGGUCACGAUACAACCGCCAAUACUCUUACCUGGACGCUAUAUGAACUCUCCAAGAGACCAGAAGAUCAGAGGAAGAUACGCGACGAAAUAGCGGCCGUCCGCAAGGAGAUUAAAGCACGUGGAGAUGAAGACUUCGUCCCUAGUGACUUCGACUCGAUGCCCUUCAUGAAUGCCGUCAUCAAGGAGAGUCUGCGAUUGCACCCUAUUGCUCCCAUGCUCUUCCGAGAAGCGGCUGAUGAAGAUGUUAUCCCCCUUUCUGAGCCGAUUGAGACUGUGUCAGGUAAAUUCAUCAACCAAAUUCCCGUUAGCAAGGGUCAAGCGAUCAACAUUUCCAUUUGCUCGUACAAUCGACUGCAGAGUGUUUGGGGCGAAGAUGCAGAUAGUUGGAACCCAGAUAGGUUCUUGGGCAGUGACAAAGAGAGGCAGGCGUCCGUCGGCGUUUUCGCGAACUUAAUGACUUUUUCUGCAGGUAUACGUGCUUGUCUCGGAUGGCGCUUUGCGCUACUUGAGAUGAAAACUGUGCUCACGGAGCUUAUCGAGACGUUCGAGUUUAAAUAUCCUGAGGGAUUGGACGUUAUGCGGCUCAGCUCGGGAAUCAUGUCACCCGCCAUUAGAGGGAAGGUUGAGAUGGGGAUACAGCUGCCUCUGCACGUCUCGCUCGUGAAUGGAGCCUAA